UCCUCUUCUUCACUUUUUGCUUCUUCUCUCUCUCUAUCUCUCAAUCAACAACCGGAAAAUGCAGUACCAAGCACACCAGUACGGCGCUUCAUCUUCUUCCUCCUCCCGUAUCGGAGCUUCGGCCAACGACAUGCUGCGGCAGAUCGAGCGGAUGGCGGCGGAGAACGCGGUAGUCGUAUUCAGCGUGAGCACGUGUUGCAUGUGCCACGCUGUCAAGAGGCUCUUUUGUGGAAUGGGAGUGAACCCAACUGUGUACGAGCUCGACGAGGACCCGAGAGGGAAGGAGAUCGAGAAGGCCUUGACAAGGCUGAUAGGAAGCGGCUCCUCCCCCGUCCCCGCCGUCUUCAUCGGCGGGAAACUCAUUGGCUCCCUGGAUAGAGUCAUGGCCUCCCAUAUCAACGGCUCUCUCGUCCCCCUCCUCAAAGAUGCUGGCGCUCUCUGGCUCUGAACCUCCAAGAGCAAUUCUGUCAGUUACUAAAAGGUUACUGAUAUCUUGACCGGUUGAAAUACACGUUCGAGUUUGACAAUAGUAAUGCAAGUGAAAAAAAACAAGUAAGAAAAAAAAAAGGAGGAAGAGGAGAUUUCUAGGAAAUUUAUGUAAUACACAUAACUUGAAAGUGGCCUAUAUAGCUCCCUCCUCUGGAAAAGGAAAUUGGAAAAAGGAAAAAAAAAGUGUAAUUUUCUUCCAUUUUGAAUUUAUUUGCCUUCUCUGUGGCUCAAGAGGUGGGUUUCUUUCUAACCCAGUGAGCUAAUUAUAUAUUCUCAAUGCAUAAAAAAUGGAAAUG